AUGGCGUCUCCAGCGUGGCCAUCUACGUAUGGUUAUUAUCGAUCAGGCCCACAACAAUCCCAAUAUGAGAAUCGGAGUGACCCUGUGAGUGACUUGCAGUCGAAUCAAACCGUCUCUGUCAAGAGCCAACCUAACCUUAGAUAUAAGCCCUCUGGAUACUAUCGACAAGGUACAACCGAGAGCCCUUCUCCAUUCUUCAACGAUCCAUACCCGAGGCAAGCUCGCAACGCGACUGUGCCUUAUGGUAACGACUACAAUUCUAGCUACUCUCCCUCUUAUCAAUCACAUCAAAGCGCUCCCAUGCCAUAUCAUCUACCACAACCUGCCUCGCAAACACCCGCAGGUUAUCAUGACUCAUAUACGUACCCAGUACAGGGUGGCUAUCUCUCUGUCCCGCGAACCGGAAAUCCCUUUGAGCAGCCAUCUGGCCCAUCCGGAUACGGCCAUCCGUACAGAGGAUAUGACGAGUCUAGGCAUGGUUUCGAUGAAUACAGCUAUGUUCGAGAUAUCCCGCCGCCUCCUGAAUACCCAACACAAGAUCCCUUUAGGACCCCAGUCCGUCCAAGAGAACCUCAAACCCCAAAUGUCCAGUCCCAACGGGAUACAAGACAUAAUGGAGACAGAGCAGAACGAAGGUCGCGGAGGAAGAGGCCACCAAUACCAAAGGACGAAGAGAUUCUGCCUAAGAACAACUAUACUAACGCUGAAAUUAUGAAGGUGCUAAAAAGGAUUGAGCAAAACAUUAGAGAAAACACCAGGAGCCGAUCAGACCCAGGAAGACGACAUUCCCGCCGAAGCCGAAGCUCACCGUCUGGAAGUGAGUUCUUACUUGGCGAUAUUAGAUCUCUUGACAUCGAUAGACAAGAGGCUCGUCAGAUCAGUGAUAUUAUCCGUGGUCUUCUAGAUGAUAUACGGGGUCAAGGACACCAAGACUCACACACAGGAACGUCAAUGAACCAAUUUGAGAAUUCUAGUCAUAGUGGAACCGAAACGCAUGAUGGAGAAAUAUCAUCCAUGAAUCUGCGCGAUUUGCAAAGUCUUCAAUCGAGGGUUGAUCUUGUAAUGGAUCAACUCGAAAACGGAAAUUCACCUUCUCCGCAACAAUAUCCAGAGACUUAUAACGAUAGACAGAGCUCUCAUAUUCCAAGACGCCAAAUGGCUUUUGCUUCGGAUCCUUUUGUCGUGGAGUCAAAUUCACCAACUUCAUUUCGAUCACCACCACGCCGCAGCCAGUACUUUCCACCACAGGUAGAGGAUGUUUCAGAAGAUUAUGAUGAGUAUGGAGCUCCUUGA